AUGAGCUGUGUCACAAAAAUGAGCAGACGACUUUUUUUAUACUGAUUUUGUUAAAUUAGGCCUAAGUUUCAGUGACAGUACUGACAUUGUAAGAGUUUGUUGCUAUUGCCACUAUAGUAUGGGGUACUAUGAGUAUGAAAUGGUACUGAUUGUGUGACAAAAUGAAAUAUAAUUGAACAUUCAACAGAAAUAUUAUGGUAUUGAAAUAGCAGGCAUGUUAAGCAUUAAAAAAUCUUUCCUGAUAGGUGAAGAACUUAACAUUUCAUAAUGAGUAGUUGUCCAGUGAAGCUUUUUGAUAAUCUUGUUGAUUUUAUCUCUGAUUACAAUCCUUCUUAUGACAUAAAUGUAGAGGAGUACAUUGUAGCAAAGACAGCGAAUGAGACACUUGAUGAAAAAGGUCUGAAUGUUCUUAAGCAACUGUUUGUAGAAUUUCUACAUUAUGAGAAAAUAUUCAGUACUGUGACAAAGGAGUUUUAUGCAACUGUAGGGAGAAAUGUUAAAGCUAUAAAUGAAGAACUUUUCAAAGUUAUUUGUUAUCUCGUUCUCUUUCGGCUUGAAAACAUUGGGAUUCAACAACUGAAAAAAUUCAUAUUGCAGAAAAAUUCAAGAUCAGUUAAAAAGUUUCUAACAUUUUUGUUAGAUGAAAAUGUCAUAAAAGAAAGCCUUCUUCCCAAAUGGUACAGAGUCUAUGAUCUAGCCUUUGUCAGUUGCUUUGUAAAAAAAUUUAUCAGGUGGCUCCCAGCACUAAAGGAUGAUGUUUUGGAUCAGAUCAUAAGCGAAAAACCAAAAGAAAGAUAUGUGAAGCCAGCAACAGUGGGCAAAGAGUAUAUCUGGUUCAGAAGUGAUGCAGUCUUCCACAUCAGAUCUUCAAUUCUGAAGAUCUUCUCUUGGGGAGUGUCCUUGUGGGAUGAGCAAAAAGAUGAAAUCACUAUUAAAGCUAUUCCUGUACCUAAGAGCACCUAUCAGUCCCCGUCCAUCAGUGUCAAAAUUAGCCAGCAAAAAUUGAAAAAUAAAGAAAAAGGGAUGGCUUUACUUGAAAAGGCUACUACUGAAAUGCCCAGAUGUGCAGAAAUAAUGAAACCUGUGUAUUGUCCACCAGCUGAGAAUCUAGAAAAGGUGGAAAAAGGGAAGAAGUUUGCAUGGAAUCCUGUUCCAAAAGAAACACUUUCAUCAGUUCCUGUGAGGCGUACUUGGGCAUCCAUUUUACGUGAAGGAUCAGUAUUUCAAAAAAAAGAAGAACAGGAUUUCAAGUUUUUGGCUGCAUUAGAAGCAGGAGCCAGAGACCUAUCACAACAUCAACAAUAUGUUGAGAAGAAAAGACAGAAGGAACUGGAAGAAGAAUUGGCUUAUAUUGAAUGUCAACGACUAGAUGGUUUGUUGAGCUACCAAGAAGCAAUUAGAGCACGUCAAAAUUUAGUUGAAGAAAAAAGAAGGCUGGUGAAACAAGUUAAAGCUGAGACUGAAGAGAAACUGAGAAUUUAUUUGCAAGAAAAGAUUCAAACAAAGAAGAAAUUAAGGCAACUAGUAGAAGAAAUUUUACAAGGAAAAGAUAAGACAAAAAGAGCCCAGGAAAAACUUAAGAAUUACAAGAAAAAGAUAGUACAGCAAAUGACCAAAGAGAAUCAAGAACUAAUGAAAAGAGCCUUCGAAGAGAUGGAAAAGGAGUUACAACAGAAAGCUCAACUAAUUAAAGAAAUACGAGCAAUGGAAGCAUGCUCUCUGAUUCGACAGCCAAAAGUAGUGGAUCCUACUCAAACUUCAGGAAUGGGGUUUUUGACUGAGAUGUCUUUAUUUGAAUUGAGAAAAAAACUAUCUAAGCUAAAGUUAAUCCAACAAAAGGAAUUAGAAGAGAAAAUGGCAAUGAUCCAAGAAACCCGAGAAGCUCGUCACAAAAUUUUGGAAGAGACGUUGGAAACAAUCUGUCGCCAACGUGAACUUCAGAGGUUACAAGAUCAGGUUUCAAAGAUAGCAGAAAAAGAACAAAACAGAAAGGUUUCUAAAAUGAAAGUGGAAUCUCAAGAAAUCAAAGAGCUCAGGCAGCGCUUGGAAGAGUGCAGAGCUCACAGAUUAGGAUACUCAACUGAACAAAGAACACAAGAUAGCCAAUGAUAUGCAUGAAAGUAGCAUUUAUUGUAUUCAUACUAAAUGGUGAUCCUUUUACAGUAAAUGUAUUAAAUUUUA